AUGGCUCAAGAUCCCCGUGUUCUCCUCCAAAAAGCCGAUAAAGCUCUGUCGGGCGCCUCCGGCGGCUUUAGCUGGUUUGGAGGACGCACAGAAAAGUAUGAAAGCGCCGCCGAUCUCUACACCCAGGCUGCAAAUGCCUUUCGAGUACAGAAAAUGAAUAAGGAAGCUGGCCAAACGUUUGAGAAGGCAGCAAAGAUCCAGACGCAGAACCUCAACGAGCCCGACGAUGCGGCAAACACCCUCCAAGAAGCGUUCAAGGUCUACCGCAAGUCUGACCCUGAGGAUGCGGCCCGUGUUCUCUCCAGUGCCAUUCAACACUAUGUCUUGCGUGGAAACUUGCGCCGCGCGGCGACUCAGCAGCAGUAUCUGGCCGAAGUUUAUGAGGUGGAGCUGGGAGAUAUGAAGAAGGCGCUGGAGGCGUAUGAGAAGGCUGCGGAGUGGUUUGAGGGCGAUAAUGCCGAAGCCCUGGCGAACAAGCACUUCCUGAAGGUGGCGGACCUGUCCGCGAUGAACGAGGACUACUACAAGGCCAUCAACAACUACGAGCGCAUCGCCCGCCAGUCCAUCAACAACCAGCUGAUGAAGUGGUCCGUGAAAGAUUACUUCUUGAAGGCCGGUAUAUGUCACCUUGCCACCAAGGAUCUGGUCGAAUCCAACCGUGCGCUUGAAUCAUACCGUGAAAUCGAUCCUACCUUUACCUCAACCCGUGAGCACCAGUUGCUCGUUGACCUGCUCCAGGCCGUGGAAGCUAGUGACCAGGAGCAGUUCGCCGAUAAGCUGUUCCAGUUCGAUCAGCUCAGCAAGCUGGACAAGUGGAAGACUACUAUCUUGCUGCGGAUUAAGAACAGCAUUGAGGAGGCGGAGGAGGACUUUUCGUAG